GGAAUGGUGCUCUAGCAGGUCAGGGCCCUUGAAGGCAGGUUAUCUGUGCCUCAAAUCCCGAGUUGUAUAAUUAUCGUUGACAUAUAUAACCGUUCUAUCGCAUCACAAGUCACAACACAAUGCUGGGCCAAGGAUUAGUAGAGCGGUUGUCCGAUGGAGGGAACGUGCUGGUCGCAGAAGGCUAUGUGUUUGAGUUCGAGAGAAGAGGCUACCUCAGAGCCGGAUGUUUCGUUCCGGAAGUCGUGCUGGAACAUCCCAAUCUUGUUCGGAACAUACACGAGGAGUUUGUCCACGCUGGAAGUGACGUUGUUCUUGCAUUCACGUAUUAUGGCCACCGUGAGAAGCUCCGUCUUAUUGGAAAGGAACAUCUCCUAGAGAAGCUCAACCACGAUGCCCUGAAGAUAGCACGUGACGUUGCGGACGAGACGGGGACGUUGAUGGCAGGCAACAUCUGCAACACAACCGUCUACGUGAAGGACAACAGAGACUCAGUUGAAAAAACGGAGGCAAUGUUUAAGGAACAGAUCGAGUGGGCGCGACAAUAUGGCGCCGAUUUCAUGGUUGCUGAAACAUUCAGUGAUCUGGGCGAAGCUCAGAUUGCUUUGGAGUCUAUAAAGAAAUACGGACAAGGUAUGCCUGCCGUCGUCACCCUGGCCCCGCAGACUGUGGACACUACGCAUGACGGUGUCCCCAUGGCCGAGGCGUGUCGGAGACUCGAGGAGGCAGGGGCUGCCGUGGUGGGGUUAAACUGCCACAGGGGCCCGAGGACGACCAUGAGCCUGAUGAAGGAAGUGAGAAAGGCUUGCAAGGGUCCUAUUGCCGCCCUGCCCGUUCCCUACCGAACCACGGCGGAUUUACCCACAAUGCAGUCGCUGAAGGACCCAGAAACAGGUACACGGGCGUUCCCCACAACCUGUCAGCCCAGCUGUGCAGUCGCACUCAAAUCGCUGAGUUCACCCAGGAGGCCUUUGAUCUGGGGGUGCAGUACGUGGGACUAUGUUGCGGAAAUAGUGCCAGCUUUAUGCGAAUAGUCGCGGAAGGAUACGGGCGUCAACCGCCAGCCAGCAGAUACUCCCCAAACAUGUCCCAGCAUUACGUGUUCGGCCAGAACGCUUCAUUCAACACUUACUACCAGCAGGGCUUGAAGGAGACAGUUAGCAGUAAUAAUGAUUAGAUACUGAAGUGUAUCUUGUUGUUUGUUUCCGUUUCUAUUGCUUACAUCGGGUUACGUUGUAUGCGUUUAAUAAUUGUUUUGUAGUAUUCGAUAGUUUCCAGGAUAUUGAUAAGCAUUAUUUUUGUGUUUUGCUCAACGGUAAUAUUGGUAUACUUAUUCCAUACAUAGCUGUUGUAUAUAUGCCUAAUAAACGAAAUAACAUAA